CUCGGAUUUUGGAGAGCCAUUAGUCUUCAGUGGUCUUACCAAAAUCCAUCUCAUCCUAUUUUGGAUUAUUCAUUGAUAUCAUCAAAUUCAUCAUCGUCAACCCCUUUCUGUCUUGAAGGACGGACUUCACACCAUGUUUACAGAGAACCAUGAGAUGCCGAUUGGGUGGCCACUUGGGCUCGGAAACAUGAACAUGAGACUUGGAGUGGUGGAGAACUCACAGGCAUCUGCAGCUGAAGAUUCAUACUCCGCACACAUGCCCUCAACCAGUUUCUCCUCAUUCUCAUCCUCCAACCUUGAUACUGAGGAUUUCUUGUAUAUGUCCAGAUUUAUUUUUCCAUAUAGGAGUGGGUCAAUCUUGAAGUUGCUGUAGACAAACUUGUUCAUAGAUUUUAGAUUAUAGUCCAGACAAAAGCAAGUUUCAUGUCAAAAAAGUGAUUCCUAAGGAAUCUUGCUAUUGUAUAUCAAAAGAAAAGUUAAUCAAUUGCCAACUGAUAUUUGAAUUUGUAGAAACCUAGAUUGUAUAAUCUUCUGGAGGAGUAGAGAGUUUUAUGAAGUGUAAAUGUGUGGGCAUUUGUGUAGAGAGUUUUAGAAGUUAGAUAGGAUGAUUAUAUAAGGAGAGUGUGUUAUUUGUAAGCAACCAGUUCUAGAGUGAGAGUGAGUCACAACAAAUAUAGUACACAGCACCUGUGUAAUCUGUUGGAUUGGUGAUCUUCUCUUCUUGUUUUUAAUUAAUUUCGUCUAAAUGCCAAAAAUUGAAAAUUUCAUAAAACUUCAACUACAAGCUAACUGGCAACCUUACCUUAAGUAAGCUUCGCAAUAUAGCUUUUUGCUUCACAGCUUCACCUUCGCAAUAUAGCUUCGCAAUAUAGCUUUUUGCUUCACAGCUUCACCUUCGCAAUAUAGGUUUUUGCUUCACAGCUUCACCUUCUUGGAAAAUAAAAAAUUAUUGUAUUUAUGAGCACGGUGUCUAUAAUAAGCAUGCUCCACCCAACCUUAAGAAUUAAUAGUUAAGCCCGCAUAUAGAGAUGGAAGUAAAUGUAUUCUGUUGAAACACGUGAAUAAACCUAAUGAAAAUUUUCUCAUGAAAUUUUGCAAUUAGAAGUCCUCUUCAUUUUCAUUCAUGGAGUCACUUCCAAACAUUUUUCUAAAUGUAAGCUUCGCCAUUCCCACUUACUUGAAUAUGUUGGUGUCUUGUUGAUAUC